AUGGAGCAUGCACAUACUAGAUCUCGCCGGCGAGAGGCCCGUCAAUCUCCCUCCGAAUCCUCCACAGAUGAACUAGCGGCCGGCUCGGAACCUGAAGAAGCUCAGCACCGACGAGCAAGCUGGACCGCGCAUAAAGAUUUCACCCCGCAACGUUCAAAUCGCCAGGAACACCCCGCGAGCGAAUCGGAGAGUACUGAUGAGCUGGCUGCAGAUGAAUAUUGGCGCCGUUCGCCUCGCAAUUCCCGCAGUCUUUCGCCGAUUGACCACUCCGCGGAUCGGUCGCGGUCGCGGUCUCGGUCUCGGCUUUCUGAAGAUCGAUUGAGCACCGCCGAUGACGAUGAGAACGCGCCUAUUCGUGAUGAUAGGUCCGACCGAUCUUCGACUCCUCUUCCUUCCGUCGCAGCUUCCCCUCCUAAGCCCGAACACCUGGACUACCGCGAGAAAUUCGUUCUACAAGGUCACCUUCGAGGCGUGUCCAUCGUUCAGUUCUCGCCCGACUGCUCAAUGAUCGCUAGUGGUGGUGCCGAUGCAUCAGUCAAGGUUUGGGACACCCUUACUGGCAGAUUGAUCUAUACCUUUGAUGGCCAUCUAGCGGGUGUUUCGACGCUUGCAUGGAGCCCAGACGGACAAUGGAUUGCAUCAGGGUCCGACGAUAAAACUAUCCGAUUUUGGGACGUGAAUACUGGUCGAGCUCACCCAAGGCCCUUCAUCGGUCACCAUAAUUACGUUUACCAAAUCGCAUUCGCACCGAAGAGUAAUAUUUUAGUCAGUGGAUCAUAUGAUGAAGCUGUCUUUCUGUGGGAUGUGCGCCGAGCACGCGUUAUGAAAACGCUCCCUGCCCACUCCGACCCCGUUGCUGGCAUCGACGUGACCCAUGAUGGCACGCUUAUUGUAUCAUGUGCCCUUGACGGCUUGGUCCGUGUUUGGGAUACACACAGUGGUCAAUGUCUCCGAACUCUGGUGCACGAGGAUAACCCGCCCGCGACGUGUGUCAAGUUCUCUCCAAAUGGCAAAUACAUUCUUGCCUGGACCCUGGAUGGCUGUGUCCGCAUGUGGAACUAUGUUGAAAGUCGUGUGGUCAAGACAUUCCAGGGCCACGUCAACAAGAAAUUCAGUCUGUCCGGGUGUUUUGGCAAUUAUGGCCUGCCCGGUGUGCGGUAUUCUCCACCAUUAUGCUUUGCUGUGAGUGGCAGCGAGGAUGGAGCCAUUUUGUGCUGGGAUUUGGUUAACAAGAAUAUCCUUCAACGCAUUGAAGGACAUACUGAUGUUGUUCUUUCUGUCCACUCUGGAGUUUACAAUGGCCGCCGUCUCCUUGUAAGCUGCAGCUUGGACAAGACGAUCCGAGUGUGGGAAGAGGCAUCGGAGGGACCUCUUGAUGAAGUCUCUGGUGACUCUCCAGUGGAUAUCAGUCUUUCCAAUGAAGUCACAGACUCUGGUGAUGUUGAUGGCGAUAAUGCUAUGACCGAUGCCCCCGAUCCUUCCAAUGUGAAUACUCCUGCAGAGGACGUGAUGAUGACAUGA